AUCGUGCCUACGGUAAACGCUGGGUAGCCAAGUGCGGAGAGGAUAACUGCUGAAAGCAUAUAAGUAGUAAGCCCACCCCAAGAUGAGUGCUCUCUCCUCCGACUUCCCUAGAGCCUCCGGUAUCACAGCCGAGACAGCGACGGGUUCUCCACCCAUACGGGGAUGGAGCGACAGAAGUAUGGAAAUAGGAUAAGGUAGCGGCGAGACGAGCCGUUUAAAUAGGUGUCAAGUGGAAGUGCAGUGAUGUAUGCAGCUGAGGCAUCCUAACGAACGAACGAUUUGAACCUUGUUCCUACACGGCCUGAUCAAAUCGAUCAGGCACUUGCCAUCUAUCUUCAUUGUUCAACUCUUUGAUGAAAAGAUGAAAAAACCAAAAAAAAGCCCUGCCCUUCCAUCUCUUGGAUAGAUAGAGAGGGAGGGCAGAGGCCUUUGGUGUCCCUUUCAGUCAAGAAUUGGGGCUUCACAAUUACUAGCCAAUAUUUAUCUCAUGCCUUUCCUCGUUCAUGGUUCGAUAUUCUGGUGUCCUAGGCGUAGAGGAACCACACCAAUCCAUCCCGAAUUUGGUGGUUAAACUCUACUGCGGUGACGAUACUGUAGGGGAGGUCCUGCGGCAAAAUAGCUCGAUGCCAGAAUGAUAAAAAGCUUAACACCUCUUAUUUGACUUUUUCACUAUUUUGAAAUAAGAAAAAGAUCCAAAUCUAAAAUGCAAAGAUCGUCUUAUUCAAAACCUCAAUCAUCACAUCCCCUCUCUCCCACUUCACACCUCGGAACGCACUGUUCUUAUAGAGAGAAAGGCGCUUUCCCAUCUUCUUAACCUGAAAUGAAGGGGUACCCCCGGGAAGAGAUCCAGUGGAGACAGCUGGGCCUGUAGCUCAGAGGAUUAGAGCACGUGGCUACGAACCACGGUGUCGGGGGUUCGAAUCCCUCCUCGCCCACAGCCUUCCAAAGGGGGAAGGGCCUUUACUUUCCCCCUGAGGGUAGGAAAAUCAUGAUCGGGAUAGCGGACGUAAAGCUAUUGAACUUAGGUAUGCUCUUUCCUUUUGUCGAAGUGGAAUCGUAGAACAGAAUGUGAUACGAUGAGAUAGAAUGCAAUAGAAAUAGAAACAAGGAUAGCGAACGGGUUACCUACUCCUAAGGGUCAAAGCAAGCCCUUUAAUUCAAUUCUUUAUUCUUACAUUAAAAUUCUUACAUUAAAGAAUGAAUAAAAUCUCCCCAAGUAGGAUUCGAACCUACGACCAGUCAGUUAACAGCCGACCGCUCUACCACUGAGCUACUGAGGAACAAGGGGGGAUUCGACCUCCUAGAGUUCAACUCCCGCUCUCAACCCAUGAACAAUAUGAGUCCGAAGCUUCUUUCGUAACUCCCAUAAUUUCUUCGUAGUGGCUCCGUUCCAUGCCUCAUUUCAUAGGGAAGCCCAAAGUGGCUCUAUUUCAUUCUAUUUCACUUCCUAGCACUUCCUAUCAUUUAAUAUCCAUCCCUUUGGUCUUAUUGACAUAAGAGAUGUCAUUUAUAGUCUAUCUCUUUCUAUAUAUGGAAAGUCAAGAAAUUCUCAUCGAAACAUCGAGAAAUUGUGCAUAUAGAAAACUCUAAAGAAAGAAAAAAAGGAGACCCAUGCCAUGAUUUUCAAAUCUUUUCUAUUUAGUAGUCUAAGUUUCUCGAUGAGGAUAAUUAAUUCGGUCGUUGUGGUCAGACUCUAUUAUGGAUUUCUGACUACAUUCUCCAUAGGUCCCUCUUAGAUCUUCUUUCUCCAAUCUUGGAUUAGGGAAGAAGGAGAUAUUUGCGACUACUGGCGGUUUCAUUAUGGGGCAGCUCAUGAUCUUCAUAUCGAUCUAUUAUCCACCUCUGUAUCUAUUCUUUCUUAGCUAAACAGGUGGAAGAUCUAUCCAAUUUGGUUAUAUUAUAUCAUGGACUCGAAAAACGGAUCUGAAUUUGACUGAAAUGCACGAUCUUCACAGGUAUCACUUUUCACGAUACCUAAAAGGUGGAAUAGCGAUUUUCGAACCAUUUCCUAUAAGAGAAUGGUUUCCAUUACUUUGAGAAAUGGAUUCUUAUAUCAAACUAUAGCUAUUGCAUUAAAGAAGAAAAGAAACUAAUAGAAGUCGAAGACGCGGAAUGAUAGUGAAUAGAGAGAAAGAUUCUUCUGAUUUUCUUGUUCCUGAAAAUAUUCUAUCUAUCUACUAGACGCCGUAGAGAAUUUAGAAUAUUUAUGUCUUUCAAUUCUCGUACUCGUAAUUGGAAAGUUAUGGAAGGAGACCCAUCAUUUUGCAAUGAAAACAACAUAUAAAACUCUGGACAAUUUCGAAAUCAGGCCAAGCGUCUUAAUACAUAUGCAAAAAAAUUCAUUAUUGGCCCACCAUUGAUUAGAAGAUUUAGCUUGUAUGAAUCGCUAUUGGUUUGAUACGAAUAAUGGCAAUCGUUUCAGUAUGUUAAGGAUACAGAUGUAUCCACAAUUCAUUUAGAGUUACUUAAUAGUCUAUUUCUUAUACCAUAUCUCUAUCCCGUGAAAUUCUCGAGCCAAAAGAUGGAUGCCUAUGCUGUGUUUCAUUUUGCUAAAUGAUAUCAAUUAAAUGGUGUAUCAAUUCCAUAAAUUGCAUAUAGCAAUAAAUAAAUCAGCAAAAUUCUUUCUACUAUAUUUAGAUAGAAGAAACAUUUCUUCUAUCUAAAAUAGUAGAAAGAAUGUACCCUUCUAUCCAAAUCCAAUUUGCAUCGAUAAAAAAAAUCCAAAUUCCAGUAGUAGAUGAAUAAUUGCAAAUUUGUGUGUGUACGAGAUUAGAAUAACUUCAAAAUAACUGACAUAAUUUUUUAUUUUUCCUGAUCAGAAAAAUACAUGAAAAAGAAAGGAGGUAGAAAAAUUUUAGGAUUUAUGGUUAAAGAAGAAAAAGAAGAAAACAGGGGUUCUGUUGAAUUUCAAGUAUUCAGUUUCACCAAUAAGAUACGGAGACUUGCUUCACAUUUGGAAUUACACAAAAAAGAUUUUUCAUCGGAAAGAGGUCUACGAAGACUUUUGGGAAAACGUCGACGUUUGCUGGCUUAUUUGGCAAAGAAAAAUAGAGUACGUUAUAAGAAAUUAAUCGGUCAGUUGAAUAUUCGGGAGCAGUAAUUUAAUCCUUCAAAUUUUUUUCUUGUUUUAUUAUUUUUUUAGUAGUCUUUAUAGUAGUCUUAGAUUUUUCAUUUUGAUGAGCCUCACUUUGAGGAAUUCAUGGAAUAAUCCAUUUUCAUGGAAUAAUGAAUUAAGGAAGAAAGGAUAUGAGUCUACCGCUUACAAAAAAAGAUCUCAUGAUAGUCAAUAUGGGCCCUCAACACCCAUCAAUGCAUGGUGUUCUUCGACUGAUCGUUACUCUUGAUGGUGAGGAUGUUAUUGAUUGUGAACCCAUAUUAGGGUAUUUACACAGAGGAAUGGAAAAAAUCGCGGAAAACCGAACGAUUAUACAAUACUUACCUUAUGUAACAAGAUCUAACAGUUCAAGUACAGUUGAUAUAGUUGAAGCACAGUCAAAAUAUGGUUUUUUUGGAUGGAAUAUUUGGCGUCAGCCUAUAGGCUUUCUGGUUUUUUUAAUUUCUUCUUUGGCAGAAUGUGAAAGAUUACCCUUUGAUUUACCAGAAGCAGAGGAAGAAUUAGUAGCAGGUUACCAAACUGAAUAUUCCGGUAUCAAAUAUGGUUUAUUUUAUCUUGUUUCUUACCUAAAUUUAUUAGUUUCUUCUUUAUUUGUAACAGUUCUCUACUUGGGCGGGUGGAAUUUCUCUAUUCCCUAUAUAUCCUUUUUUGAUUUUUUCCAAAUGAAUAAAGCAGUUGGAAUUUUGGAAAUGACAAUGGGUAUAUUUAUUACAUUAACUAAAGCUUAUUUAUUUCUCUUCAUUUCUAUCACAAUAAGAUGGACUUUACCAAGGAUGAGAAUGGAUCAGUUAUUAAAUCUUGGAUGGAAAUUUCUUUUACCUAUUUCCCUGGGCAAUCUAUUAUUAACAACCUCUUCUCAACUUGUUUCACUAUAAAUAAGAUAAUACAAUAAUAGAUAGUAAGAAUAUUUUCAACACAAAAGCUCUCCCAAACAAGAGAAAGAAACAUAUCUUUUUCAUAGAUAUUUAGAAUGAAUAUGUUCCCUAUGGUAACUGGGUUCAUGAGUUAUGGUCAACAAACAAUACGUGCUACAAGGUACAUAGGUCAAAGUUUCAUAACUACCUUAUCCCACACAAAUCGUUUACCUAUAACGAUUCACUACCCUUAUGAAAAAUCAAUUACACCAGAGCGUUUCCGAGGGCGAAUCCACUUUGAAUUUGAUAAAUGUAUUGCUUGUGAAGUAUGUGUUCGCGUAUGUCCGAUAGAUCUACCCGUUGUGGAUUGGAGAUUUGAAAA